UAGCUAUCAUAGAAGCAACAAUGUUUGGAUAUUUCUCAUUGUCAGCAGUUGUUUUUUCGAUCGUUUUGUGCUACUCACAAGCGAUUGAAGACGAUCCAACGUUUUCUAAAUUUAAGUAUGACAAACAAAUGUUAGAGACAAUGGUUAGAAUGGAAGCAAAAAUGAACCAGUGGGAUAAAGAAAGAAAAACCUUCGAGGAGAAUGUGUUAGCUGUGUUGGAACAUCGUAGAGAGGAAAUGCAAGAGAAAUAUUUGAAACAAGAUGAAAAGCUGGAAAAUAUAGAAGGUUCUUUCAUUAGCACACCAAAGAUUGCGUUCAACGCAUACACAAAGUCACGUGGAAGCUAUGGUAAUUCCCAACCCCUCGUAUUUCCAUAUGUUUUAUUAAAUAUGGGUGAAGGAUAUGACAAAACAACUGGAGUCUUCACAGCACCUGUUACCGGUCUUUACUUCUUCAGUGCCCACAUUUGUAAUGUAAAUGGACAAUUCAUGGUGAUUUCUAUUAUACACGAAGGAAUUGCAAUCGCUACAACAACAGAGCAUGAAAGCAAUCUUGACAGUUGCAGCUCCGUGAGUGCUCCGGUUAUGGUGAAGAAAGGUGGGAAAGUGUCUGUCAAGUCUUCCUAUGAUAAAAGCAAGCUCAUGGCAGACGAUAAUUACAGAUGGCCAUCAUUUGCUGGAGUACUUUUGCAUGUAUAAGACAAUAAGUUCUUGUACUUAAAUGUUAGUUUUCCAUAUCUAAUAUGCCUGUACUUGCAGUAUACUGUUUUUAUAUCCAUUAAAGUUUUAUUCAUCAAAAAACUUUAACAGUAAACGUAUUACAAAAGAUAUUUUAUCAGUUUCUUUGUAUUGAAACAUAUAUUACUGUCCCAUUUAAGAUAAAGGUUGAUUACCAUAAGUAUUUUGUAUGUGUAAUAGAUUUCAUUGUUUCAUUUAAGAUACUUUUGACUGAAAGAAAUGAUAUAUGUGUUUGAGGUCUUGAGCCUUGUAAAGAACGUCGUUUUGCUAACAUUUAUAUAAAACACUGAAUAACAUUUUUUAAUAAAUUUACAAUCAUAA